AUGACCGACUGUACUAUUAAGGGUGUUGGCGCUUCUGACGCCAUUUACGACGGCUCCGACUUCAAGAUCGCCAUUGUGCACGCGCGAUGGAACGAGCAGGUGAUCAAGGCUCUGCUCGACGGAACCAUCUCUUCUCUGUGCGGCUUCAAGGUCAAGCGAGAGAACAUUUUCAUCGAGUCUGUGCCCGGCUCGUACGAGCUGCCCUACAUCACCCACCUGAUGGCAGACUCGCACAAGUACGACGCUGUCAUCUCCAUCGGCGUGCUCAUCAAGGGCUCCACCAUGCACUUUGAGUACAUUGCCGACGCCGUUUCCCAGGGCCUCAUGCAAUCCCAGAUCGCCACCAAGACCCCCGUCAUUUUCGGCGUGCUCACCUGUCUGACCGAGGAGCAGGCUCUUCAGCGAGCUGGUCUCACUCCUGAUGGACACAACCACGGAGAGGACUGGGGAGCUGCUGCCGUUGAGAUGGCUGCCAAGCGACAUCUUUACCUGCAGUAG